UGACAACAGAGCAUCGUCGUCAAUUAAUUAUAAUCCUGAAAAUGAAUUUGAUAGUACAAGCAGUUCUUCUAGUUGCUCCACUUGCUCUACAUCCUCAAGCUCUUCCAGUUCUUCUAAGGACACAAGCGAAGAAACAAAAAAACUUCCACUAAAGAGGAAGAAGAAAAACAUUGGAACUUAUCAGAAAACAAAAAAGACUUAGAGGAGAGGCAUACUUAAGUGUUAAAAAUAUAGAGAAACCAGCCGUUACAAGGCCGUUACUACCAUGCCCUUGUGGUGGCAAAGCGAAACAUAAAUGCCUCGAAUCUGUUUCAGAAGAGAAUAGGUCAAACAUUUAUGAAGAAUUUCGGCAACUCUCAUCAUUAUAUGAUCGGCGGAAUUUCAUUAUUCAUCAUGUUGAACAAAUACCAAAAAAAAGAAGCACCAGAAAUCUAGAAACUUCCAGAAGGGUCAACACCCGUAAUUAUUUUCUUACCGUUGAUGGACAAAAAAAUAAAGUGUGCCGCGAAUUUUUCAUAUCUACACUUAAUGUAACAGAUUCGUUCAUAAGAAUAUCUUUACAAAAACGAUCUUCUACUGGAACAAUAGAAAAAGACCGCCGUGGCAAACAUACUCCUGCUAAUAAGUUAACUGAGGAUUGUUUGCAAAUGGUACGUGAUCACAUUUUAUCAUUUCCUGCAGUUGAGUCCCACUAAACCUACCCUAAACUUGUCCAUAAUGCACAAUACGUACAAAUCACAAUACAAAGAAAAAAAUAUUCGCUCUGUUUCAAUCGAAAGAUACAGACAAGUUUUUAAAGAUAUAACGUGGGUUUUUUCAAGCCAAAGAAGGACCAGUGCAAGAUAUGUUUGGCACAGAAAAAUAUGACUGGAGAAGAAAAAGAAGCGCAAGAACAAACGUUUCAGCAACACUUGAGAAGAAAGGAAUUGGCACGCAAGGCUCGCAGUGCUGAUAAACUGGAAGCAAUAAACAAUUCUACUAUAUUAGCAUUCAAUUUUGACCUUGAAGCUGUACUCACAACUCCAAAAGGAUCUGCAGGACAUAUAUUUUACCUGCGCAAGUUAGCUGUUUAUAACUUGACAGUUUAUAAUAUUGGAAAUCAAGAUGGCAUUUGCUAUCUAUGGGAUGAAACCCAGGGUAAAAGGGGUUCAAAUGAAAUCGCUUCUUGUAUCUAUGAAUACGUAUUAUCUAAUCCAGAAGUAACAGAAGUUAGAAUGAUGUCAGAUGGCUGUGGUGGCCAGCAAAAGAAUUAAAAUUUUGCUGCUAUGUGUAUGCAGCUCAUUUCUGUUCAUCCUAGCUUGAAAAUCAUAGAUCAUAAAUUUUUCGAAAGCGGACACACUGAAAUGGAAUGGGAUUCCAUACAUCCCAAAAUUGAGCAGAAAGCUAAGCAUGUUCCUGUAUACAUUCCUGAAGGUUGGGCGCAAGUAAUACGAGAUGCUCGUAUGAAACCACGCCCAUUUGAAGUGAGGAGCAGAAGCUUUGAUGAUGUUUAUGAUUUUAAAGAAUUUGCAGCUCAAAAAUUUGAGAUGAGCAAAAUACCAUGGCGUAAGGUUUGCUGGAUUCGUUAUCUUAAAUCGGACAUGACGAAGGUGUUUUACAAAAUGGAUUUUGAACGAGAAUUUCAUGACAUAAACUGCAUGAAAAAAUUUCGAGGUCGACCAAAAACAGCGGAGUUAAAAAAAAUCAUAUGAAUGUGAGUUACCCAUUGCGAAGCCAAAAUAUCAGGAUUUACAAAAAAUGUGUUCUGAUUCAACAAUCCCACAGGUUCAUCACAGUUUUUACAAGUCGCUAAUAAUUAAUAAUAAUAUUAGGGAUAGAUUACCAGAACCAGAUGACAGUGAAAAUACUGACUCAGAUGAGUCAGUAUUCUCAGUGUCAAAAUAACAGUAAAAAAGUGAACUAUAUAGUGGUGUAGUUUGCGAAAUCAAAACUCUUAUCGUUUUUUUUAUAAACUUAAUUUAAAAAGUAUAAACAAUGCCGAGUUAAGAACAAAAUACCAUAGCGCUUGCUGUUAGGAAUCCCAUUGUUAUCAAUGUUGAUAAUUCUCGUAUCGUGUCACGUAGUAUAGCCCAGUAGAAAUAGACAUUUUUCGUGCACUAUGAGUGACGAUGAGGAUACAGAAAUUAUAUGUUGCAAGAAAUGUAAACGAGAUGUUCAGGAUAAUGAAGACGGCAUUUUUUGUGAGGGAGCUUGCCGUUCUUGGUACCAUUAUUUGUGUGUCGGAAUUACUGGCUCCCAAUAUAAAAAAAUAACAAAAGACCUGGCAGACAUAGUCAUUUGGAUGUGUCAAACAUGCAAAGCUAAAUUGAGAGAAAUUAUGAUUAUCAAAAAACAGGAUAAUAAAUUGGAUCACCUGACAGAGAAACUCCAUCACAUGCAACAAAAUAUUAAGGCUAUUCACGAUAACAUGCAAACUUACCAAGCAAAACAUUCUUACGCAAAUGUUAUCGCCGAUACUAAAAAAUUCCCAACUAAAAAGAUACCCAGUCUCCCGCAAAUAAUUAUUAAACCUAUUCAAGACCAAAAUUCCAGUAAGUCAAAGAAAGAUAUGAAAAAAAUUAAUCCUGUUGAUUUGGGAAUUAAAGUUUUGAGCAGAAAGAAUCUAGCUGACGGAAAAGUCAUUUUGAAAUGUCCGUCUCAUACCGACACCGAUACUCUAACAUCUGCCAAACAAAUUCUGGGUCCAGACUACGAAAUAACUAAAACGACAUUAAAAAACCCCAGGAUAAAAAUUCCUGGAUUUAAAAAGGAUAUAACGACAUCAGAGACAGAAAAAAUAAUUAGAAAACAAAACCAUUUAAAGGAUGAGGACUAUUUUAAGGUGACAUAUGUAAAAUCAUUUGCUACAAAAAAUACGAAAACUAUAUUUGCAGAGUGCUCGCCAAAACUAUUCACUGGUUUCAUGAACACUGGAAGGUUGUAUGUAGACUGGGAAAGGUUGCCGGUAUAUGAAGAUAUUGCGAUCCUGAAGUGCUUUAACUGCCAGCAGUACAACCACAAAAAGGACAACUGUCGCAGUAGGAAAGUGUGCUCAAUCUGCUCAGCGGAACACGAAGAAUCAAACUGCCCAAGAUCUACCAAAACCUGUAUGAAUUGUGUUUCAAAUAAUAACAAAUAUAACACAAACUUCAAUGUCCAUCAUGAAACCAACGACAAAUUAUGCAAUUGUUACAAAUAUCAAGUAGAGAGAGCCAGAAGUAAAAUAAACUAUGGAUAAUCAAGCCGUGGAAGUACUAGAUUCGAUGGAAGAUGUACUGAGGGACGUUAGUCACAAAAUAAUACCGGAUGAUCUCAAUAGCUGCAUAGAUUUAAGUAAGAAACUUUUAAACAUUAUACAUUUAAAUAUUAGAG